GAUUUUAUCCAGCUUAUUUGUUCUUAGUUCUAUUGUUUCCGAUUUUGUUUUACCUAACCAUGACACGUUUGUUUCACCUACUCAAUUUGACUCCAAGCGGCAGUUACAGUUGUUGCAGUGCUAAGAUUAAUUACUAAAAUAACUCCUUCUAAUAUAUUAUCUACCACAAAAUAGUUACUAAGCAACUAGACAGAAAUCAGAAUGGACGGACUUAAUGGGCUUAGCAACCCUUUCAUGGAUCUUGACCAGGGAGGAAAGUGUCAGGCUUACUACAUUUGGAUUGACGGUACUGGCGAGGGACUCAGGGGUAAAACGAAGACACUGAUGAAGCCCACGAUGGAUCCCGAGACACUUCCAGUAUGGAACUUCGACGGAAGUAGCACUAUGCAGUCUCUUGGAGAGAACAGUGACAUUUACAUCAAGCCGGUCGCUUGCUUCAGGGAUCCAUUCCGACGUGGUGAUAACAUCCUCGUUAUGUGCGAGACACUCGACCACGAAGGGAACGUCCAUCCAACCAACAAGCGACGCAGCUGUUUUGAGAACAUGGAGAGGUGCAAGGAGGUCAAACCAUGGUUCGGAAUUGAACAGGAGUACACCAUGUUUGAUUUCACUGGGAGACAUCCGUAUGGGUGGCCAAGCAACGGUUACCCAGGACCCCAGGGCCAUUACCACUGCAGUGUUGGAGCUGAAAAAGUUAAGGGGAGGAAGAUCGUGGAGGCUCAUUACAGAGCUUGUAUGUACGCUGGUAUCAGGAUCGCUGGAUCCAACGCAGAGACCAUGCCUUCUCAGUGGGAGUACCAAGUAGGCCCCUGUGAAGGUAUCGAGAUGGGCGACCACCUUUGGGUCUCCAGGUGGAUUCUUCAAAGGAUUGCGGAGGAGUUCAAUGUGGUUAUCAGCUUUGAUCCUAAACCUAUUCCUGGGGAUUGGAACGGCGCGGGAUGUCAUGCGAACAUCAGCACAUUAGCGAUGAGGGAGGAAGGCGGUCUGGAGAAGAUCUAUGAGGCAAUCGAAUUGAUGGGGAAGAAGCACGAGGAGCAUAUUUACGCCUACGAUCCGUCAGGAGGAGUGGACAACAAAAGGAGGUUGACUGGACUUCAUGAGACAGCCAGCAUUGAAAAGUUCAACUUUGGCGUGGCCGACCGCACUGCAAGUAUUAGGAUUCCUCGACAGGUUGCAGCAGACGGAAAAGGAUACUUUGAGGACCGAAGACCCAGCAGCAACGCUGACCCGUACGUCGUUACCGAUAGAAUUAUCCGUACCAUCUGCCUUGACGAGUAAAUAUAGCCAUCACACAACACUCCAUAGCAUCGAUGACAUCAUCACCUGCAAUGACGUAGGUAAUGACGUUCGAUGACGUCAUCAACAAAUCAACAUGUAUAAAUAAUUAAGCAUGUGCAAAAACUCGGAUCGAGCUAAUUUUAAGGAUUUUUUUCAAUUUUAUUGUUUUACUCUGCACUCUGUUAAUUGUUUGACAUUUUAUUAUUAUUAUUUUUAUUUCGACAAAAAAUGUUUACAAAUGCCGAAUAGAAUAAAAGACUUAGGCGUUUUUAAACAUUAUUUGUCGAAAUGUGAAAAAGUUUUGUUCUUCAUGCAGUGUGUAGAUUGAAUAUGUUUACAUUUUGCUAACCUUAUUGGAGAGUUAUUAUUUAGAAGGAUUCAGAAACUUGCGCAAUUCA